AUGGAUGUCAAACAUACUCUCAUUUACGCAACAAUUGAUGAUAAUCAACAAUUAAAAAAUAUCAAAAAUUAUUUUUUGAGUCAAAACAUUACUUUAAAACUAGACGAUUCUGCUGACAAAGUUGAUCGCUUUGUUGAAAUUAUUAAGAAAAUUCCUGAAAUUGCUUCAAAACUUGAUGUUGAUGAAAUUGAGAAAUUUCUUAACUCUAUUAUUACAUUAAUGGAUUCCUUGGAUUCUGAAAGAACAAACUUUUUUGCUCCACUUAUUGCUUCUCUUCAGGAUAAGGCUUUUGAUGGUGUUAAUGUAAAAUCAAAAGCUGCUAUUUCAGCUAGAAUUUUAAGUCAUAUUUUACUUACCUCAACAAAUAUGCCUGAAGUACAAAAAGAAGCUUUUUUUGGAACAUUAAAUAUGCAUUCAAGAUCACAAACAAUGGAUAAACUUAUUGUCGACAAAAAAAUGUUAAAAAGUUUUUUCACUGCAUGGGAUACUUCAUUGUCUGAUAAAAGGGAGAUGUUACGAACUUUUUAUAAAGCUUUAAUAACAAAUGGACGUGUUUCUGAAGGUACAUUAAUUUGCCUUGAACUUCUAGCAACAUAUAGUGAUAAAGAAAUAGAUGAAACUAUUGAAGAUGCCAAAGAAUGUGCUCGUGCAAAUAUAAAGGAUAAUAGUGUGUACUUCUUUGAUUGUUUAUUAAAUUCUCCAGCUUUUGAAAAUUUUAAAAAAGUUGCUCCAUUGUGGUAUGAAUUGAUAACUAUUUUUACAAAGGGAAAUUACUUGGAUUAUCAAAAAUUUGCAAAAGCUAAUAGUUCAUUUUUGAAAGAACUUGAAAUUCCAGAAGAUAUUCUUGAAAAUAGAAUGAGGAAUUUAACACUUGUAUCAUUGGCUGAAAAGAAAUCAUACACUCCAUUAAAAGAAGUUUUAGAUUCACUUGGUUUUAAAAAUCAAGAAGAGUUUGAAAUCUUUCAAGUUAGAGGAUGGAAAUAUAAUAAUGUUACCUCUCGUAUCAACGAAAUAACAUCUGAAGUUUUUAUUGAGAAAAAUAAUCAUAGGCAAUUUUCACAAGGACAAUAUAUAGUAUUGUCUAAAUAUAUUGAUUCUGCAAUUCAAUUUUGUAAAAAUACUAUUGAGAAUUUAGAAGGAAUCUCUGAGGAAAGUAAAGAAAUUUUAAUUGAUAAUUAA